ACCCUCCGAUCAAGAAGGGAACACUCUAUCCCCCACCACUCCGAAGAGGUGCUCGGCCCCGACGUGUGCUGGACCUCGUCCCCAGGAGCAGGCAGACCCGAGACCGAACAAACCCUAUCCAGUCGCUGCUCGAGCAGGAAGGUCGCGUCGUCAACACCAGCGCCCCGAGACUGCACAUCAGAGAGCAUGGAGCAGCCUGACGCCGCGUCCUUGCUGCCGGAUGACGUGCUGCUGAUGGUGAUGGGCUACCUGGACGUGGAGGACCUGCUCGCGUGCCGCCUCGUGUGCAAGAGGUUCGGCGCCCUGGCCGUGCACCCGGACGCAUGGCGGCGCCAGGUCCUGUCGUGCUGUGCCGGCGCGCCCACCUUCAGCACCGCGCUGCGUUUCGCGCCGUGCCUGGCGAGCCUCAAGAUCAGCCUCCCGUGCUGGCGGGAUGAAAUGCGGCUCUACAGAGUGACGAAGUGCGCCGUUUCGAAGCUGGAAUUGUGGGUGGGUGAAGAAGACACCCCCGACUGUUUGGAGCAGGCCGGUUACAUAAUCCGGAACCAAGAGGCCCUCGGCCGCCUGAAGGAGCUGAGCGUUCUGCUCCCUUUGUUCAAGGACAUGGCAGUGGAUGUGGAUGGCCUCGUUUUCCGCGCGCUGCUCCGCGUGGUGGCGUGCACCUCCGGGCUGGAGGUGCUCACCGUCAACAUGUUUGACGGUGUCAACACCAUCCCCGCGCCCAACGUGGGCAGGCGUGCGCCGCGCUCGUCGCUGAAAACCUUCCGGUGCCACCUGAAACCGCAAUUGGUCCCCUUCUGCGAGGUCGUGCUAGCCGUCCACGCCCACACUUUGGAGACGGUCGACUUCGACUUCGAAGGCGACUUCCGAUUCCCGACGCCAGAGGCUCUCCCCUCGGUCACGACGCUGGCAUCCGUACUCGCCGGCAUGCCUAAGCUCUCCUCGCUCCACGGCUGUCCGCUCCUCUCAGGACUAGAGGCCGUGGCGGCAUGCGAGUCGCUGAAGGAGGUGUCCCUCUUCGUGGGGUCCGGUGCGGGACCCGCCGCCGUGCAGGGUGCCGCGGAUUUCCUGCGCCGUUGCAAGCAGUUGCGCGAGGUCACCCUGACCUACAGCGACGAGGCCUGCGUCGACAACGUCGCCGUCGAUCUGGUCCUGGCCCUUGUGUCUUCCGGGCCGUCCCUUGUGGAAACGCUGGCUAUCGUUGUCGAAGAAAUCGAGCUCGAGUUACCUCUGCCCCAGAUGGAGCCGCUAAGCAGGGCCCUGCCACGGAUGCCAGCUUUGCGUGAACUGGUGGUGCGCGGGUUGUCGGACGAGGUGCUGGUGGCCAUCACCCCCCACACGUCCCCCACUCUGCGAAACCUGUACGUGUACCCGGCAAACCUGGAGAGCGCAAGUUGUGCCCACCACUACCUGCAUUUGGGUUCAGUUGCGAAUCUUCUGUCCAAAAAUCCUUUGCUAAAGCUCCAUGUCUUAACAGUCUACUACUGCGAUCCAGAGUACAAUCCCUGCACAUUUUGUGAAAUUAUUGACUGCCACCGAAAGCUGUGGGCGAGUGAAGAUGCCAAACUCAAGGAGGAUGAGGACCCUACAACGGAACCUGAUAUUUGGAUAACUAUUCCUCGACUGUAACGGUGAUUAAAGGGUCGAAUGUCGUGUUUGGUGUUGUUUAUUUGCAGCACACACAGUUGACCUCGAUUCGUCUUCAUAUUCUUUGCAGGUUUGGUCGUGACUAGAAAUCUCACGGUUGUUAAUUUUCAUUCACAGGAUACAUUUAAAUGUCGUUUUUUCAAACCUUUUUGAUUUGUAAUAAAAAUGGCAGUACAGCAAGACUGUAAGAUACCAUGGCAAUUUUUAAGAUUUGACUAGAUGUAUGUUUUAUGGAGAAAAUCUAUUAUACACAAUUUAUCAUAUCUGUGAGGAUGCUGUAUUUAAGUGAAUAAAAUAAUUUACAGAUCGA